AUGGAGAGCAUGGAGAGAGUGUGGGAUUCCGGCCGUCGGGCUAGCCGGAAUCUCAGCCGGAGCAUCAGUCGGAACAUGAGCAAGAGCAACUGGGGCAUGGAGGACGUGUUCGUCCGAUCGGGCUCAAGGUCUUACAGGAGCCGGAGAGUCGACGACGACGAGGAGGCCCUGCGGUGGGCCGCUCUGGAGAAGCUCCCCACCUACGAUAGGCUGCGGACGAGCAUCUUCAAGACCCUCGCCGAGGGCAGCGAGGAGCAGCAGCAGGCCGGGGCACGCUUUCUCCACAAGGAGGUGGACGUCCGCAAGCUCGGAGUCAACGAGCGCCAGGAAUUCAUCGAGCGCGUCUUCCGGGUCGCCGAGGAGGACAACGAGCGCUUCCUGCGGAAGCUCCGGAAUCGGAUCGACAAGUGAGUCUCCGUCCAUUAAUCUCUUUCGAUUUCAUUACAUGUCGAUGUUCUUGGGAUGUUCUCAUCCUCGAGGGCCUCCGAAAACCAUGUUCUAUCCUCAUUCCCAUCCGGAGCCCAUCAGACGUAGACGUCCGGAGAACGUUUCUCCCGGUUGUUGAGUUCCCAAAAAACCUCUUUCCCAACAAGCUGCGGGGCUGGUGAAUUUUCUUACAAUUUCUGGCCUUUAGAGGCUUGGGCAGUUCUAAGAAUAGAUCACGACGAGAGAAUGGCUCCAUCUCAAGUCAAUGACCCCCAACGCGGCUUUUGACCCGGUCCAAAAGGACGAGACGACCGAGUUUGCCUACUCCCACGUUACAAUCAGAUGCUUCUAGUGAUGCCUAGCGGUGAUGAUUGACCCCCUUCUUCCGAUUCAGGGUGGGGAUUACCCUUCCGACGGUGGAGGUGAGAUACCAGAACCUGACCGUGGAGGCGGACUGCCAGAUCGGCACCAGGGCGCUGCCGUCUCUGGUCAACUCGGCGCGAAACCUGGCCGAAUCAGCGCUGGGUCUUGUGGGCAUCAAACUCUCCAAGACGACGAAACUCACCAUCCUCCGCGACGCUUCCGGCAUCAUAAAGCCUUCCAGGUAAGGAGACGACGCACCGAGUUUGCCAACUGGGGCCGGGUCGGGUUCCCCCUCUUCCCUGAUCGCCCAAAUCGUUAUCUUCUAAAACGAUCGAAUCUUUAUUUAUACUUUCUUUCUGCAGGAUGACGCUGCUGUUGGGUCCCCCUUCUUCCGGGAAGACGACGCUCCUCCUGGCCCUAGCGGGGCGGCUGGACCCGAGUCUCAAUGUGAGUUGACUCAAAACGCCGAUUCCUUCCCACCUUCCCCGUUGACUGAAGGAACUCCCGCCGAGUUAUGACCGAGUUCCCGUUCCACAGGUGACGGGGGAGGUGACCUACAACGGGCACAAGCUCAGCGAGUUCGUCCCGCAGAAGACGGCCGCCUACAUCAGCCAGAACGACGUCCACGUCGGAGAGAUGACCGUCAAGGAGACGCUUGAUUUCUCCGCCAGGUGUCAAGGGGUCGGGUCCAGAUACGGUAUUUCUCCCUCCUCCCUCCUGCCAGCUCAGCUCAGAUGAUCCUACCUGGCACCGUCAAUGGUGUAAUCCGAGAACCCUUUCCCAAACCGAUGCAGAGCUUCUGAGCGAGCUGGCGAGGAGAGAGAAGGACGCCGGCAUCUUCCCCGAGGCCGAGGUCGACCUCUUCAUGAAGGUAAACCCCGAUCCCUCUCUCUCUGUAACUCUCUCUCUCUCUCUCUCUCUCUCUCUCUCUCUCUAUCUCUCUCUGAUGAUCUGAGAAACUCUCUCAGGCGACCGCUAUGGAAGGAGUCGAGAGCAGUCUUCAGACGGAUUACACUCUCCGGGUACGCUUACAGACCGAGUCACCAACUCGGAUUAAUAAAAAAAUCGCGAUCUUGAUCACGAUUAAGAUCGCUAUUAAGGGAGGGAUUUGCUGACGUCAGAAAAACGUGUGGACAGAUUCUGGGGCUGGACAUCUGCCGGGACACGAUAGUGGGAGAUGCGAUGCAGAGAGGAAUAUCGGGCGGCCAGAAGAAGCGAGUCACCACAGGUCUGUGGGCCCCCACGCCCCCUUCCCAGGGUUUCACUUUUUGGUGGGCUUAAUGGGCCUGAAUGCUGACGGGCCGAUUUUUGAUGGGCUGGGUGGGUGCAGGAGAGAUGAUAGUGGGCCCGUGCAGGACUCUGUUCAUGGACGAGAUAUCGACGGGGCUGGACAGCUCGACCACGUUCCAGAUCGUGAAGUGCCUGCAACAGAUCGUCCACCUGGGGGAGGCCACCAUUCUCAUGUCCCUGCUGCAGCCGGCGCCGGAGACGUUCAAUCUCUUCGACGACAUCCUGCUCAUCUCGGAGGGGCGGAUCGUGUACCAGGGGCCCCGCGAGUUCGUGGUGGAGUUCUUCGAGAGCUGCGGCUUCGUCUGCCCCGAGCGCAAGGGAACCGCCGACUUCCUCCAGGAGGUAGGGGCCGCCGAUCGGAGCUCCAGAAGCUCGGAGAAGGUUUCCGCACCUGGUUUGCGAGGUGUUAAUGUCGAAUGGCUUGGGGUUUCAGGUGACGUCGAAGAAGGAUCAGGAGCAGUACUGGGCGGACAAGCGGAAACCUUACCGCUAUGUGUCCGUCAGCGAGUUCGCCGCGAGGUUCAAACGCUUCCACGUCGGGCUGCGACUGGAGAAUGAGCUCUCGAUGCCAUACGACAAGAGCCGGAGCCACCGGGCGGCGCUGGUGUUCACCAAGUACUCCGUCCCCAACUGGGAGCUCCUCAGGACCUCCUUCGGCAAGGAGUGGCUCCUCCUCAAGAGGAAUUCCUUCGUCUACAUCUUCAAGACCGUUCAGGUGAGGGAUAUCCCAGCUCAUCUGUCGCUGCCCCCACCUGCUGGUUCGCCGGACAAUUGUUGGACUGACGAGAGAACUGUGCGCGAAUCCAGAUCGUCAUAGUGGCGGUGAUCGCGUCGACGGUUUUCCUGAGGACGCGGAUGCACACGCGGGAUCAGAGAGACGGCGCCUUCUUCAUAGGAGCGCUGCUGUUCUGCAUGGUGAAUAACAUGUUCAACGGAUUCGCGGAGAUGUCGAUCACCUUGCAGAGGCUGCCGGUGCUGUACAAGCACAGGGAUCUGCUGUUCUACCCCGCCUGGACCUUCACCCUCCCCAACUUCCUCCUCCGCAUCCCCAUCUCCAUCCUCGAGUCAAUCGUCUGGGUCGUCAUUACCUACUACACCAUCGGCUUCGCCCCCGAUGCCAGCAGGUUCUUCAAGCAGCUGCUCCUCAUCUUUCUGAUCCAGCAAAUGGCGGCGGGCCUCUUCCGGUUCGUUGCCGGUGUGUGCCGCUCUGAUAUGGUCGCCAACACCGGCGGUGCUCUCAUUCUCCUCAUUGUGUUUAUUCUCGGUGGCUUCAUCCUGCGAAGAGGUAUGAUCUCUACGACACCAUUCAUCUCAUCCGUCCCUCAUUUCUCUCUCUCCGUCUCUCUCAUUUUCGUCUAAAUUUUUCCUCCUAUGGGCAGAGUUGAUUCCGAGCUGGUGGAUUUGGGGUUACUGGCUUUCCCCCCUUACCUAUGCCUUCAAUGCCAUUGCCGUAAACGAAAUGCUCGCCCCUCGCUGGAUGAACAGACUGGUACCUCCCCCCCCCCGCCCUCUGUCUCUCUCGCUCUUUCUCUGUCAUCUAGUCUCUCUCAACCGUUGUGUGAUUUGCAGACGGAAGGCAACAGGCCACUGGGGCUGGCUGUGCUCGACAACUUCGACGUAUUCGCCAAGAACUAUUGGUAUUGGAUCGGGGUGGUAGCGAUGGUGGGCUUCACCAUCGUCUUCAACGUGCUCUUCACCCUGUCGCUCAAGUAUCUCAGCCGUGAGUGACGCUCCGAACCCUUCCCACCUCCACCUCCACCUCACAUGAGGGCAGAGAACUAAACGUCUUUCCAUGAACAGCGCUGGGAAAGCCGCAAGCUAUCAUAUCCGGGGAAACAAUCGGAGAAAUGGAAGCCCAUCAAGAGGAGACCAAGGAAGAGCCAAGGCUGAGGAUGACAGGUUCCAGGAAAGACAACGUGCGCAGGUCAAUCUCUACUGACGGAAAGAACAGUAAGCCUCCCCACAGACAUCCUCGAAUGAUUCAAUCGUCACCGUUUUCUACUGGGCUCUCUAAUCAUGGAUGGGUCAUUUCAGGGGAAAUGAUGAUCAGGCGCAUGAGCAGCCGAGCCACCGGCCCAGAUGGGGCUCAGGUGAAUGGUGCAGGUCCCAAGAGAGGAAUGGUCUUGCCCUUCACUCCUCUGGCCAUGUCCUUCGACGAAGUGAACUACUACGUCGACAUGCCUCCGGUAAGUGAUUUGCAGCAAUGCUCAUCGUCUAGGGGAAGAGAUCAGGGACCAUGGUCAGUUACUAAUCGUCAAGACUGGUUUCAUUGACAGGAAAUGAAGGAUCAAGGGGUGACCGAAGACAGACUCCAACUGCUGAGGGGGGUCACCGGCGCUUUCCGCCCAGGCGUGCUGACCGCACUCAUGGGGGUGAGUGGAGCCGGGAAGACGACCCUCAUGGAUGUUCUGGCAGGGAGGAAGACAGGGGGCUACGUCGAGGGAGACAUAAAGAUAUCCGGUUACCACAAGGUCCAGGCGACCUUCGCGAGGAUUUCUGGUUACUGUGAGCAAACCGAUAUCCAUUCUCCCCAGGUCACAGUGAGGGAGUCCUUGAUCUACUCUGCCUUCCUUCGGCUCCCCAAGGAAGUCAGUAAAGAAGAUAAGCUGGUAAGUCUUCUCCAUCGUUUGAUACUGUUUCACAUUAAAACCAUGCAGUAAUAAGAUCAUGACAAAAAUAGAAGCUACUCCUAUGAAUAGCAUAAUUUUACAAAGUCAUAAAGCUAGGAAAAUUAACAGUUUGAUUAGAUUGCUUGGAAAUGCUGAAUAAAACCCAAUGUACUGAGAAGGCUAAUGAUACAUCAACAAUAUGCAAUGCCUACUCUGAUCACAGACACAGAGUGUAUGUUGAUGAUUGAACACGUUGGUUGCAGAAAUCACACGAAUUAUAAUACUCAAGCUCCAGUGUCUAUAAUCAUAUGAUAGUUCAUGAGAUCAGGAGCUAACUCUUUUCUCUUUCAUUCUUUUCAGCUUUUCGUAGACGAAGUGAUGGAGCUCGUAGAGCUCGAGAAUCUCAGGGAUGCUAUAGUGGGUCUUCCAGGAAUCACAGGUUUGUCAACAGAGCAAAGGAAGAGGUUGACAAUUGCGGUGGAGCUGGUUGCAAAUCCCUCAAUCAUCUUUAUGGAUGAACCGACAUCUGGACUUGAUGCGAGAGCCGCAGCCAUUGUCAUGAGGACAGUAAGGAACACAGUUGACACCGGAAGAACAGUCGUCUGUACAAUUCAUCAACCCAGCAUUGAUAUCUUUGAAGCCUUCGAUGAGGUGAGAACUUCCUCCUCACUCAAUUACCUUGAGGGAGUCAAUAGCGACAAAUCCAGGAAUACAAGCCGAGUUCUCCCUAUGAUAUUUCUUGCUCUUCUUCUAAUAAGUUCUCAUGAAAAUUUUGUUAACAGCUACUAUUGAUGAAAAGAGGAGGGCAAGUGAUAUACUCUGGACCUCUAGGCCAGCACUCGAACAAGAUUAUUGAAUAUUUUGAGGUAUGCUGUAGCAUUUUGGGCUUACUCUUUGCUAGCAUCAGCGCCUAAAACCAUAUAUCUGGAAACUAAUAUUGACUAAAUACUUUCAGGCGAUUCCUGGUGUCGCAAAAAUCCAAGAGAAGUACAAUCCUGCUACUUGGAUGCUGGAGGCAAGCUCAAUAUCAGCUGAAGUACGGCUGGGAAUGGAUUUUGCUGAAUACUACAGGACAUCAGCUCUAUAUCAGUAAGUAAAAGGAGCAUUGCUUCCACUUAGGAGGAGUCUUCUCUUAUGUGGUCAUAAGAAAUAGUCAUACUAAUGAUCAUGGCAUCAGUUAUCUUGACUCCUUUUUAUGCCGGGUUUUUGGUAUACUUUCCUAAAUGGUUCCAUCCUCUGGAUUGUUUUCUACCACCAGGUGGAACAAAACACUGGUCAAGGAGCUGAGUACGCCACCCCCUGGUUCAAACGACCUCUGGUUCCCAACUCAGUACUCCCAGCCCACCUUUCAGCAAUUUAAGUCGUGCCUCUGGAAGCAGUGGUGGACUUACUGGAGGAGCCCAGACUACAACCUUGUCAGAUUCUUCUUCACGUUUGCUUGUGCUCUCAUGCUUGGCACCAUCUUUUGGAAGAUUGGCCAGAAGAGGUGAUUCUUCAUAUGCCAAAGUUCUACAGCUCUUUAGUCAUCAAAUGCUCAUGCUUCAAAUGCUCACUAUUCCAUGCGAUCAUGCAGGAACAAUUCGACUGAUCUGCUUACAAUCAUCGGAGCCAUGUAUGCUGCAGUGCUGUUUGUGGGUAUCAACAACUGCUCCACAGUGCAGCCAAUCGUGGCCAUCGAGAGGACUGUGUUCUACAGAGAGAGGGCUGCUGGGAUGUACUCCGCUUUACCCUAUGCUAUUGCUCAGGUAGAGAAGUCAACGCUUUCAGCAACAUGACAAUAUAUGUUGGAUAUGCCAAGUUUGCCCUGGAAAAAAAAUAAUUGCAUGAUUCGAACGGCAACAUCCUAUGGAUUAAUGAAAUGCUGAUAAAAAUGUGUUUCCUCUGAUUGCAGGUGGUCAUGGAAAUCCCAUACGUGUUCAUACAGACGACCUACUACACCCUCAUCGUCUACGCCAUGCUGAGCUUCAAGUGGACAGCCCAGAAGUUCCUCUGGUUCUUCUUCGUGAACUUCUUCUCCUUCCUGUACUUCACCUACUAUGGAAUGAUGACAGUGUCGAUCUCUCCAAACCACCAAGUGGCCGCCAUCCUGGCUGCGACCUUCUACUCGCUGUUCAACCUCUUCUCCGGCUUCUUCAUCCCGAGACCUGUGAGUACCACCCCCACCCCCUCCAUGAUCUCCAUUCCGUUCCUUCAGAGGCAUAGUUCUCAAGCACUGACACCUUCUGACGAUGGCGCUGCAGAGAAUACCCAAAUGGUGGGUCUGGUACUACUGGAUUUGCCCGGUGGCGUGGACUGUCUACGGGCUAAUUACCUCACAGUAUGGGGACAUGGACGACCUGAUUAGUGUUCCUGGUGGGAGCCCGGUGGCGAUUAAGACCUACAUCAAAGAUUACUUUGGAUUCGACUACGAUUUCCUUGGGGUGGUGGCUGGUGUGCUGGUGGGCUUCGCUGUCUUCUUCGCCUUCAUGUAUGCUCUCUGCAUCAGGACGCUGAACUUCCAGAACAGGUAA